AUGGGCUGUGUUUGGUGUAAGCCUUCUUCUUCUGCUAUAGAAGACAGUAAAGAUGAGCGUUUCUCAAACAAGUCUUCUUCUGAGCAUAGAGUACUUUCAAGACCUGUUGCUUCUUCUAGAAGAGAAGAGCCCCUUAGGACAAAGGAACGCUCUGAUGUUGUUAGUGUAAGACCAAAGCAAGCUAGUGUUUCGCGUGGGGAGAGUUUGAGUAGUAGAAGGGAGAAGAAGACAGAGAAUGUUAACUUCCCAAUGGGUAUUACGAUAGCUAAAGGAGUUGAAGCAGAGUAUGUAGCUGCAGGCUGGCCUCCAUGGUUGGCUUCUGUAGCUGGAGAAGCUAUCAAAGGAUGGAUUCCGCGGCGUGCUGAUUCUUUCGAGAAGCUGGACAAAAUUGGGCAGGGCACUUAUAGUAAUGUGUAUAGAGCUCGAGACCUGGAUCAGAAGAAGAUUGUGGCGUUGAAGAAAGUUAGGUUUGAUAACUUGGAGCCGGAAAGCGUGCGUUUUAUGGCAAGAGAGAUCCAGAUAUUGCGCCGCCUUGAUCACCCUAACAUCAUAAAGCUAGAAGGCUUAGUCACAUCAAGAAUGUCUUGCAGCUUAUAUCUUGUUUUCGAGUACAUGGAACAUGAUCUAGCUGGACUAGCCUCGCACCCCGCAGUUAAAUUUUCUGAAUCACAGGUUAAAUGCUACUUGCAGCAACUGUUACGCGGACUAGACCAUUGUCACACUCGUGGUGUACUUCAUCGAGACAUUAAAGGUUCAAACCUUCUAAUAGAUAAUAGUGGAGUUCUAAAGAUUGCUGAUUUUGGCUUAGCUAGCUUCUUUGAUCCUCGUCAAACUCAGCCUUUGACUAGCCGUGUGGUAACUCUUUGGUACCGUCCACCGGAGCUUUUGCUCGGAGCAACUCGCUACGGAGCAGCAGUUGAUUUGUGGAGCACAGGUUGCAUUCUUGCUGAACUAUAUGCAGGCAAGCCUAUUAUGCCUGGUAGAACCGAGGUGGAACAGCUGCACAAGAUUUUCAAGCUAUGUGGCUCGCCUUCAGAGGACUAUUGGGUAAAAUCGAGGCUGCCUCAUGCAACGAUUUUCAAGCCUACACAGCCGUAUAAACGCAUAGUAGAUGAAACAUUCAAGGAGUUCCCUCAGCCAGCUUUAGCCCUUCUUGAAACUCUGCUUUCAGUCAAUCCCGACGAUCGUGGAACUGCCAACUCAGCUCUUCACAGUGAGUUCUUUUCUACUAGACCUCUGCCAUGUGAUCCUUCAAGCUUGCCUAAAUAUCCUCCAAGCAAAGAGCUCGAUGCGAGGAUGCGGGAUGAAGAAAGUAGAAGACAAGCUGGAGGAAACAAGGGUGACCAAAGACACCAAGAAAGAAGAGGAGCUAAGGAAUCUCGAGCCAUCCCUGCUCCUGAUGCAAACGCAGAGCUGGUUGCAUCAAUGCAGAAGAGGCAGAGCCAGGCUAAUAAUAGAAGCCGAAGCGAGAAGUUUAAUCCACAUCCGGAAGAAGUUGCAUCUGGUUUCCCAAUCGAUCCACCAAGAUCAUCAUCACAAGCAUUUGAACCAAACAGAGAAUCUCAGGGAAACAUGAUUCCUCUUCACAAAAGAGCUUCACAUUCAGGUCCUCUAACGCGUAGAUCUGCUUCCGCAAAGGGAAGAAGGAACUACCAAGAUCCUCAGAAAGUUUCAUCCAUAGCUGCUGAUUACUCGGCAAUGCCUGGUUUUGCUGCAACAAGAACAGGAGCAUCACAACAAGAGACUUUCAGAGGAAUGUCUCGGCUUCCAGGUUCCUUCAAGGAAACCUCCGAAGAAGCAAGCCAAGAAGAGAAUGGUAGAAGCAACAAGAAAGACCCAAUUCUUUUGGGUUAUGGAUCAAAAGGGCACAAGAUUCAUUACUCGGGACCUUUGGUGGUUCCAUCAGGAAACAUGGAUCAGGUGCUAAAAGACCAUGACCGCCAUAUCCAAGAAGCUGUGAGAAGAGCAAGAAUCGAUAAGGCUCGAGUUAGAAAACAUCAAGCUGAAGAAGCAUCGAGCCAACAAGUAUAUGAUCAAACUCAAAAGUAUCCAUCAUCUGUUUCUAGCCGUUGACCAUCUCAGAUGCAAAAGUAUAUGAUCAAACCCAAAAAAAAAACUCAUUUGCUUGAAACAUUUUAACACGUCGUAUUUUGAGUGAAAAUAAUGUAAUUUUUAUUGAUUUGAGAUUAUAUAUCAUAGAAUCAAGUCUUGUCACGUUUUAGUCCCUGUAAUGUCGUGUUACCUUAUUAUAUGCGAGGUGUAGAACCAGGCUAUAUAUAAAUUAUAACCUAGAAGAACAAAAUCUAUAAAAUAAUACAGUAUUA